ACCGGAGAUCAAAUCACAUUAUGUUGGAGUCUUGUUGCAUAUUGUUAUUUUUUUUUCACACCUUCCUCUUUUCUUAUAUUUUCUUGCCUUAAAAUGAGUAAUCCUAAACUUUCACCUGUUCAAAUGCGCAUGUUUCAAGCCAAAGCUGUAAGAAAAUUAAGCUUUGAGCAAAUUGGAAAGGAAUUGGGAUGCGAUGAAGUUUAUGCAGCAGCCAUCUUUUAUGGGCAGGCCAAACCUACAGACAAAGAGUUGUAUAAACUUUCAGAAAUAUUAAAUGUACCUACACAGCACUUGUUGGAAGAAAUGGGAGCUCAUUACUUUCCCACUAGAGGAGGACUGAUGGAAAUGCCUCCUCAAGAUCCUACGCUUUACAGACUUGUUGAAAUGAUUCAAGUAUUCGGAUUUCCUAUUAAAGCAGUUAUACAUGAAAAGUUUGGUGAUGGUAUUAUGUCUGCUAUUGAUUUUAAGGCACAUGUUGAUAAGGUUGAGGAUCCCGCUGGUGAUCGCGUAAAAAUUACAUUGGAUGGUAAAUUCUUACCAUACAAGCAAAGUUGGUAAAACAAUAAAUACAUGCAUACCUUUACACCUUGUUAUGUUACACCAGUCUACAUCUAAUCUUAUCUUUAUCAAAGCUCUUUCUUUCUCUUUGCAGGUUAAGACGUCAUUACGGCCUGGAUAAGUAAUACAAGAGAAAAAUCAAUGAAAGUCAAAGAAGAACUAAUUUAUCGUGUACGAUAAUAUUACAGAGCAUUCAAUUUCACAGAGCAAAGAAAAAAAAGAAAGAAAUAAAGAGCU